AUGCGUGACUACUGCGAGGGGAAGGAUGGGGAUGGGGAGCAGACGCCAGGGUGCAAAGGCAGGACGGAGCUGCUGAGGCGCCGCAUCUGCCAGUGUUGUGCAGAUUUGAGACCCUCUGCUGUUCGACCCUCUGAUGAAGGAUUUCACCUGCUUG